AUGGCUUCUAAUUCAAACUGUGGUGCUCUUACAACACGCAGCAUGACUAACAUAUGGCUGAUUGGACAGUUACAAAGUGAACUUCCAGUAAAUGUAUUGCCUACAACAGGUGAUGUCCUGAGAAUGUUUUUUUAUUAUCAUCAAGAAGAAAAGAAAGCUGUGCCUGAAAGUGCAAAACUGUCGUCAGAUAAGGUCAGGAACAUGUGGAACAAGGCUAGAAUACCAACAACCUACCAUACUCAUGUUGUAGAAAAAGUAAAGUCGGUAGUUGAUGACUACAAGCUAAUAAAAAAGAACAAAAACAGACAAAGUGAAGCACAACGAGCACGAGAGAAGGAAUUUGAAGAAAAGGAGCACAUGCUGUUUGAUAUUGCUCACCAACACGCCAUGCAGCUCAUCCGAAUUCAGGAAGAUAUAAAAUUUCUUGAAGACCAGAGGGGCAGUCGACGAAUGCAAAUGAGUGGCAUUGAUAAAGACCUGACCAAGAAAGAAGAGCGCACAGAACAACUGAUAGUGAACAGCAGGACACAGAGGAACUAUGAAAUUGAAAUUCCAGUGUACUACAAAAAGCAGAUCAAUGAAGUAGAAGACAGUCUGUCAAGCAGUGCCAGCAAAAAAACACGAACUGUGCAGGAUAUGUUGUCGUCGCCAGAUGUUGCUUCAGCACUGGAUAGAAUAAACCUGUCAGAUAGAAAGUUCACAGUAUUAGCAGCAGCCAUUGCACAAGCUAGUGGGCAAGACAUCAGGGAUACAUCUCUGUCACGUUCCACAGUUCAUCGUAAACGACAGCAACAUCGAUCAACCAUUGACAGCAGUAUUCGUCAACAAUUUCAGGAUCGUAACAGAAACCCCCUUCUGGCAUGUGCUUUGAUACUACUGCUGCCAAUACUGGGACGUCAAGUGGAGCAUGUGUUUUGCUGGAGAAACUGCUCCAUAGAAAUCUCUUGCACUUUGCUUGUUGUCAUUUUUGUACAUGAAUUGAUAAUCGGUGAAGUUUUCACAGUUCUGUUUGGUCCAAGCCGUGGCCCCAACAUUGGAAUGUUUGAAAGAUUUCAAGCCUACUGGCCAAAUAUAAAUCAGUCAAACCACAAGCCACUUGAUGAUGACAGGAUGAACCACUCAUUGCUACAGAUGAUGCGGUCUGACAUAGUACCAUCUUUGACAUGUUUUUUUUCAGCUGACAGCUCAUACAUCCCACGAGAGGAUUACAAGGAGUUGGUUGAACUCUGUCUCUUAGUGCUGAGUUAUCCAAUGCAGACUGAUGGCAAGUACCAUUUCCGUGUUCCUGGAGCAUAUCACAUGGCCAGAUGGAUGGCCAAAGUGAUCUACUGUCUCAAAAUGUAUUUGUUCCGCAAUGAAUUCAAGCUAACAGCAACUGAAACAAAAAGUUUAACUGAAUUCUGCCUAUUUGCAACCCAUAUAUAUGUGCCAGCAUGGAUGUUGUGCCCAAUACCCAGUGAUGCACCAGUCAAUGACCUGCAACUUCUGAGCAGAAUUGAACAAUACUCCGAAAACAACAAGAAUGUAGCAAGUGCUGCCACAAAAAAGUUGAAGAAUCAUCUGUGGUAUCUCGGUACAGAAAUGAUUUGGCUGUCAUUGUUCUCAAAUAAGGUUGCAAAUGCUGAGAAGCAGUUGAUUGUGGAAGCAAUGACUGCAGUAGAUUCUGACUGGAGUGUGCGAGGUGUCAAAUAUCCUGCAACUGAACUGGAACAGGUGAAAAGCAAACCACUGCAUGAUCUGGUAUCAGGUACAUCUCGUGCUGCAUUGUUAUCACUUGGAAUGGAUGUUGCUAUCUUGCGUGAAACUGAACCAGACUCAUGGAAUGAUCUUCCUUUAUUUCAAAAAGUAGCAAAUGUUGUGAAGUCACUUAAGGUCGUUAAUGACACUGCAGAACGCACUGUGGCACUCAUGACAAAUUUUAACCAGUCUAUAACCAAAAAUGAAACAGAACUGCAAAAACUGAUACAGGUGGUGGAGGACAAUCGAACACGUAUUCCGGACUCCUCUAAGCGCACAUUAGCCAGUGCUCAAGCAGCUGCUGCUAUGUUUUGA